GCCUGGGCCUACGCGGUCUGGGCGAGCCCGGCUGCCCCGGACCUCGUGGGGGUCCACUGCGGCGCUCGGCGGGCUUGGGACGCCAUCGCCGGGCGGAUCGGCGGGUACCGCUCCUUCCGCGGCGACCGCCUGCGCCGCUUCGCCUCGGAGGACGAGGCGACUGCUGGCUACCUUGCCGAGGAGGAGAACGCGUUCGACACUGGCGAGGAGGAGGACGAGGACCCCAGCGCCUGGUUUGGGCAUGCCACGCCCCAGAACGUGGCGGCCGCGGCGUUGCUGCCCGCCCCUGCUGCUGGAGGGAUCGCCGGGGAGUUCGGGUUCCUCACGCUGAAGGACGGCGUCGACUCGGACUACGAGGUCACGGUGGCGGCGCUGCGAGUGCGAGCCGACGCCCUCUCGACCGUGGCGGUGGUGCCCUCGGGCCGGCUCGACACUGCCUACGAAGCGAUGCAUCUGCCGGCCUGGGAUCGCGUCGGGUCGCCUUUGGACGGCCAGCUGCUGUCGGCCGAGAUCAUGGAGGCCCCGAGCGCCUUG